ACAUGAAGAAAAGUAAACUGAUGGCUACCAGAAUCCUCUCCCCUGCGUUUACUUCUCCGUAACAGAACAAGAGACGGUCAAUUAGGGAUAAUUAUCGCUUCACUGGCUAAAGCUCUUCCUCCUCUUCCACGGAUACCACAAAAGCUUUAGUGCUCUAGUAUGGGCGGCAAUGGCAGGCACAGAUGGAAAAUCUCUUUCCACCGCCGCUCUUCUUCUUCUUCUACUCCACCCAAACCCGACCAGGAUAAGCCCCCUACAGAGUACCUUUGUCCAAUUUCUGGUUCUCUGAUGGCCGACCCCGUCGUUGUUUCUUCAGGUCAAACCUUCGAGAGAGUCUCUGUACAAGUCUGUAGGGAUUUGGGGUUUUUACCCGUUCUUGAGGGCGGGUCCCGACCCGAUUUCACUACUGUCAUCCCCAAUUUGGCUAUCAAAACUAGCAUCGGUCGGUGGUGCGACAGUCACGGUAUCGAGUACCCGCGCCCACCUGAGUAUGGCUCCGCGGAGAAGAUUGUUCGGGCUUCUGUGCCUUCUUCGUCUCCCGAUUUGUCAAAUCCUCAGAUUAGGGUUUCGGAGAGGGAGUUACUUGCCGGCGUGGCAGAUAAUCCCCAGGUUUUGUUCUCGCACGCGGCGACUGAGUUGGCUCACCGGGUCAAUCAUUUCUAUUCCAGUUCUUCAGAGGAGUCGGUAAUUGUCACGGCGACGAGUCCGCCCACGCCGUUGCCGCUCACGACUCGCCCCGCGUGCUACUCCUCACCAUCUUCGUCUGAAAUCUCUGAACUCGAAAACGCCAACAAUUCGUUCUCUUCGCUAUCGCCUGAAGAAGAGGAAAUUGUGGCGAGACUAAAAAGUCCUGAAGUUCACGAACAAGAACCGGCAGCUAUUUCGCUAAGAAAGAUCACCAGGACUAAUGAGGAAAGUAGAGUCUCUCUUUGUAAUCCCAGAUUACUAUCGUCUUUAAGGUCGUUAAUCGUGUCAAGGUAUUGUGUUGUGCAAACCAACGCUCUGGCAUCUCUGGUGAAUCUCUCACUGGAAAAACCAAAUAAGGUGAAGAUUGUACGGGCAGGAUUUGUUCCGCUACUGAUUGAUGUUUUGAAGGGUGGUUCGAGUGAAGCACAAGAGCACGCAGCCGGUGCCCUGUUUAGCUUGGCAUUGGAGGAUGAUAACAAGAUGGCGAUUGGUGUCCUGGGUGCUUUACAGCCAUUGAUGCACUCUCUGAGAUCGGAUAGUGAGCCGACUCGGCAGGAUUCAGCUCUUGCUUUGUACCACUUGACUCUGAUUCAAAGCAACCGAGUCAAGCUAGUGAAACUGGGGGGUGUGUCGAGCUUGUUAAGCAUGGUGAAUUCUGGUGAUUUGGGCAGUCGGAUUCUGCUAAUUUUGUGCAAUGUGGCUUCUUGCACCGAGGGUAGAUCAGUAAUGCUGGACUCAAAUGCGGUGGCGAUAUUGGUGGGGAUAUUGAGAGAUGGGAAGGCAGAAAUGGAGGCGAUUAAGGAGAAUUGUGUUGCAGCAUUAUUUGCUCUGAGUCAGGGGAGCUUCAGGUUCAAGGGAUUGGCUAAGGACGCAGGGGCUGUGGAAGUGCUGAGAGAGAUUGAAGAUAGAGGGAGCGAGCGAGCGAGGGAGAAAGCAAAGAGGAUAUUACAGAUGAUGAAGGGGAGAGGAGAUGGGGAGGAGGAGAAUAAGAAAGGCUUGGACUGGGAGGAGAUUAUGGAAUCAGGUCUUGUGAAUCGUACUCGUCAACUGCGAAUUGGUGGGGGAAACAUGAAUGGUCCAAACUCUACAAAUUUUUGAUUGUAAAUUCUGUAAUUAUUGAUAGGUAGAUGGGUUAUUGAAAACUCUGGUUUGGGAUUGUUUUUGUGUAAGAGCGAAUGUUGGGUGUAUGUAUGGGCAGGGUGGGGAGUAGGGAAUGUUGUAUUUUUGCUUUGUGGAUUGAUUUUUGUCUAGUUGAAUUUUAUGUUGCAAGGAUUCAUGUGGAUUUGCCUAUGCAAAUGAAAGAUCUUUCAUUAGUCAGCUUGGGAGUGUUUUUGUUGACAGACUUUUGCCUCCAACAACAUAGCCUCGAUGGUGAACUGGAACUGCCAAUUGUAGACAAAAAUAUCAUGUAGCGUCACUGGCUACCGCAGGUAUGGUUGUUUACAUAAUAAUACGCACACAUGUUUACAAAA